UGUGUGCCUUGGUGCCUAUGACGUGCACGUGUUCUGCCCUUACUCAUUACGUCGUUUCCGAGGGGCUUGCCCUCGCCCCUCCCUGCUGAUGACGCGCUUCCUGUGGGCGGAGCUGGGGCGCGGCCCGAGGUGGGGGCGAAGGCAAGAAGGAGGAGUCGACUCCGAAUCGUGAUCCGGAUCGAGUGCGAGGCGCCGCUUCGGGGGCGGGGUGGAGCGGGAGAGCUUCGCCAUGGGCAACUGCCACACGGUGGGGCCCAAUGAGGCGCUGGUCGUGUCAGGUGGCUGCUGUGGGUCGGACGAGAAACAUUAUGUCUACGGAGGCUGGGCCUGGGCCUGGUGGUGCAUUUCAGACACGCAGAGACUGUCUUUGGAGGUUAUGACCAUCCUUUGUCGCUGUGAGAAUAUUGAGACGUCGGAGGGGGUCCCACUGUACGUAACGGGGGUCGCACAGGUGAAAAUAAUGACCGAGAGGGAGCUUCUGGCCGUGGCUUGCGAGCAGUUCCUGGGGAAGAAUGUCCAAGACGUGAAGAACGUGGUCCUUCAGACACUGGAGGGGCACCUCCGCUCCAUCUUAGGAACCCUGACGGUCGAACAGAUCUACCAGGACAGGGACCAGUUUGCCAAAUUGGUGCGGGAAGUGGCAGCCCCAGACGUGGGCCGGAUGGGCAUCGAAAUCUUGAGCUUCACCAUCAAGGACGUCUAUGAUAAAGUGAGCUACCUGAGUUCCCUGGGGAAGACCCAGACCGCAGUGGUCCAACGAGACGCCGAUAUCGGAGUAGCUGAAGCGGAGCGAGAUGCCGGCAUCCGGGAGGCGGAGUGUAAAAAAGAAAUGCUGGACGUGAAGUUCAUGGCGGACACCAAGGUAGCCGAUUCCAAGCGGGCCUUCGAGAUGCAGAAAGCGGCCUUCAGCCAAGAGAUCAACGUGAAGACCGCAGAGGCGCAGCUGGCUUAUGAGCUUCAAGGAGCCAAAGAGCAGCAGAAGAUCCGCCAAGAGGAGAUCGAGAUCGAGGUGGUGCAGCGCCGGAAGCAGAUUGACGUGGAGGAGAAGGAGAUUGUCCGCAUGGACAAGGAGCUGAUCGCCACCAUCAAGCGGCCGGCAGAAGCCGAGGCAUACCGGAUGCAGGAGAUUGCCGAAGGAGAGAAGGUUAAGCAGGUGCUGAUCGCUCAGGCUGAAGCCGAGAAGAUCCGCAAGAUUGGCGAGGCAGAGGCCUUGGUCAUCGAAGCCAUCGGCAAAGCCGAGGCUGAGAAGAUGAAGCUGAAGGCAGAAGCCUACCAGCAGUACGGGGAGGCUGCCAAGAUGGCCUUGGUGCUCGAAGCGCUGCCCCAGAUUGCUGCCAAGGUCUCUGCCCCGCUGGCCAAGGUGGACGAAAUCGUGAUUCUCAGCGGCGAAAACAACAAGCUGACUUCGGACGUCAACCGGCUGCUGGCCGAGAUUCCUGCAUCUGUGCAUGCCCUCACUGGGGUCGACCUCUCCAAGAUCCCCCUCAUCCAGAAAGCGACGGGAACCCAGGCCUGAAAGGAGGCCGGCUGGUGAAGAGCACCCCACCCUGGUUUAUGCACUCCCCACCGACUGCCUUGAACACUGGGAGCUCUCCUUCCAUCAGCAGCGCCGGUGGGGCCCUGCUCGGGUGCCUUAUCCCUUUGGAGGACCAGAGCGGCCCUUGUCCGCUGGUCCGACAUCUCCGAGAGAGCUCUCCUCUCCUGGUAACUCCUGCUCUGUGUUGUGCAAGCCAAGCCCUGCUCUCUCUUGUCUGCGCUCUCGCAACGUCUGUGCCUUGAUUGACCACUGCGCCCUCCCUCCCCCCAGCUGUUGGGGCAGGGAUGGACCCCCAGCGAGAGGGGUUGGAAGCGGGGUCUCUGCCACCUGGGGGGAGCUGCCCCUCCCGCUCUCCAUGCGGGGUGGGGGGGGGGGGCCGCACGCCCUCCAGGUGGUUUUUCUCCGAAACCCCAGCCACCAUCCCUUCAGGGCGGGGAAACCCGUUGCCACCCAGUGGGUGCGUUCGAGCCAUAUCUGCCAAAGCCGCUGCAGUCUCCAGGCCCUGGUGCCACGAUGGGGAGAUCGGGGGGGGGGGCUGUUGGAUCUGAAGGCUGCCAUAUUGAAGGAGUGCGGCCUCCUCCGUCGCCCGUUUUGGAGACGGAGCUGCUAUCGGGACCUCCAGCCAAAUGCCCAGAGGAGUCCCCAGAGCUCAGUCGGAUCGGCGCCACGCAAUCCCCGUCCCUCCCACUUGGCCUCGCAUCUCUGUCGCGUGGAGUUCUGUCGCACGGACAGCCUGUGCCUCAUCUUUGACGCUCUGUUGUGCUCAACCCUGCCCGCGUUGUCUACUCCUCACGGCUGUGGCUGCAGGAAAGUUUGUCCGCACGGCACCUUGCGGGUCCGUGACGCUUUCCAGCGGUUGAAGGCAGAGCGGCCGCCCGACCAGGCCGUAUUCUGCCCGCGCCUGGAGUGUAGCUCCCUCCCUUGCCACCUGGCAACAACGGUGCAUGCUGGGACCUCUCCCCUUCCUCCACGUGUCUGUGAGCGGCAGGAGAGGAAACGGGGUGUCCCCUCGUCCCUUCUGGCUUCUGCUGCGAAUCUCCCUCCUUAACCUCACUCAGCCCUUUGCGACCGGCUCUUUCCUGUGCUGCCGUGAAUUGGCAGGAGGCUCUCGUUUGGAGAGGGGCACCCUGGCGCAGUGCUUGGUGGGUACCAGGAGCGGGCGGGAUGCCAGCCACUGAUGCAGGGCACUACCCUGAGCCCCUGGGCCUUGGGGGCCGCUGCUUCUCCCCUCUCGGCGCCGGCUCCCUUGGCCGCGGAAAACCCCUGCCUGCCUGCGGUCUUGUGCCAAGGGGUGUGGAGACCUCUCCCCUCUGUGUCCUGCUCAGCACCUUCCUGCUACCUGCGCAGAACGGUGGAGCCACGGAUCCCUUUCCUGGGCAGGCAGCUCUACACAAGCGCCUCUUCCGUAUGAUCAAACAGACCCACCACCCACCGCCAAUGAAGUCACUUGCCGUUCCUAUGCAUGUCGGUGGGGCGGCAGGAGAUCAUCCCUGGGCUUUCUUGCAUCCGCUCCCCUGUCUAUUGGGUUCCCACCCACCCCCAGGCUGCUUUUUCCAGCUUCCCCGGCUUUGCCCCACACAUACGUACUGUGAAGGCAGGAGGCGCUCAGGGUGACGUGCAGAAGGGAAGCCGUGGGGAGGGGUCCUGGCCGGGAGGGCAGAGGGCUAGUGCGAGCCCCUGGGGAUUAGCCGCGUGUCGCAUGGAGGCCCAAGAACGUUCAAGGACUAGGGCUGAAGCAGGAGCUCUCUCUCUGGCUAGGGGGGGGGGUCAGCAUUAGAUUCUGGGGCCGCUCCUCCCUCCCUCCUGGGCCGCUCCUUCUGGCUUCCCCACACGCCCCCUCCCCUCCCCAAGCAGCAUCCAUAUCUGCAUGUACAUGGUGCAUGACCGCCCGUGCCAUGGGUCGCCAGGGACCUCCCGUCCCUCCAAGUGUGAACCGAAGUUCAAUAAAGUUGUUGUGACCUUGC